UCCCAUUAACGCGACUGUCGCGAGACGACACUUGGAUCAAGAGAGGCUUCCGCUUGUAGGCCACCAGAGCUGCCAUAUUGUUUACAUGUCAUGGCGCCCCUAGCAACACUCGGGGCAGAAUGGAGCUAUAGUUUCCAACUGUGCUGAACUAUCGCGAGACCUUUGCAGUGCCUGAAGUUACAUUUCAUUGUUGAUAAUUGGAUACUGACCUUUUCGUUAGAACCAGUUACAUUGAAACAGCAGGUAGGGUAAUGAGCUAAACUAGAACAACAGGUAGGGUAAUGAGCUAAACUAAAACAACAGGUAGGGUAAUGAGCUAAACUAAAACAGCAGGUAGGGUAAUGAGCUAAACUAAAACAACAGGUAGGGUAAUGAGUUAAACUAAAACAACAGGUAGGGUAAUGAGCUAAACUAAAACAACAGGUAGGGUAAUGAGCUAAACUAAAACAACAGGUAGGGUAAUGAGUUAAACUAAAACAACAGGUAGGGUAAUGAGCUAAACUAAAACAACAGGUAGGGUAAUGAGUUAAACUAAAACAACAGGUAGGGUAAUGAGCUAAACUAAAACAACAGGUAGGGUAAUGAGCUAAACUAAAACAACAGGUAGGGUAAUGAGCUAAACUAAAACAGCAGGUAGGGUAAUGAGCUAAACUAAAACAACAGGUAGGGUAAUGAGUUGACUUAAACAGCAGGUAGGUUAGUGAGUUAAACUUAAACAGCACGCAGGGUAAUGAGUUAAAACUAAUACAGCAGGUAGGGUAAUGAAUUAAACUUAAACAGCAGGUAGGGUAAUGAGUUAAAGCCAAAGUUUUUUUUGUGCGUCUAAAAGUUUUACACAUUAAAUACACCAUUGUUGGGUGUGAAGAAAAUAAGCAUACUUUGGUGUAGAGAAACAAACUAUUGACUGGUAAAUGGAAAAAAAACAACAUCAUAGUCUAUGUUCUAUUGAAUUCAAACACUAUACAGAUAGAUGCAAACACUAUUGCCUGCUGUCUAUAGACUACUUAUAAUUUACUUAUUUUAUGGUGUCUAUCCACUAUUUAUUGUGUAGUGUCUAUAACAACUCUAGUGUCUAGUGUCUAAAAACUCUCUAUCGUCUAUUUAUUGAACAAUGAUUAUUUAUUUCUGAUUCGAAUUUUUUUUUUUUUCAAUUAAUAAUCAAUUAAUAAUCAAAGUAUCGACCAUAGAAACUCCUAAUAUACCUAAUAUUUGCAAUAACUUUGAUUUUUAAAAAUUCUUUGCCACUGCACAUCCGCAAUGUACCAACUACCCUAGCAUUCAAAACUGCACUCAAAACACAUCUCUUUAAACUAUACUACCCUGACUGAUUCCCCUCCUCUGACCGAUAGAUGAUCUUGUUGGCUGCCGUCCAUGGUUUUCCUUGUAAAUUUAAGGGGUUCAUGCUGUUUUUAAUUUCAUAAUUGUAUUUGAGUUUAAUGGCAUGAUUAUGUCUCUUUUGAUAAUAUUUUUUAUGUACAGCGCGAUAAGCUCAGCCCUGGGCUGGGGUACCGGCUAUAAAAGACCACUCAUUAUUAUUAUUAUUUAAUUUUGAAAGAAUUUUAUGCUUUUAAUUUUAGAACAUCAAAAUUGUGAUAACGACUGUUUGGCCGAAUGAUUAAAAAAUAUAAAAAUAAUUAAUUUUUUAAAAUAUAUUUUCAAAGAAAUAAAUCUACCUGUCAAGUAAUCAACGACCUGGAAGGCUCACUUGACACAUAAAAAACCUUACUGACGUACACACUUUGACAAUUUUUAUGAUAAUUCUACAAGAUUUCUGGGACCGACAUGAGCUUGAACUCUCAUUUCGACAUUAUCUACUAAACUGCAAACGAGGCUUUUUACCCCUGGCGGUAUCUCAACUUGACGUUUUCGUCUCGUAUCUAUUUCAGUGGGGCUGAGAUUAUAGUUUCUUUUUUUUUUGUGGAUGUGAUUUAUGGUCGUGAUGUUCGCUGUAUUUAACACUAACAUUUAUUCAUCAAAUGACAUACAAGGUCCGAACGAGCGUAAUUUGCUGAGCCAUCGGAGUUCAGAUUUGCGCGUUGUGUUAUAUAUUUUUUUUUAAAUGAUACAUUCACGCCAAUAGACCUUGUUUAACGAGGGAAAUGCCUUGAAUAUUUGAUGGUACCAUUUCUAAACUGAAUAUUAUGUGGCUGAGAAACGAGGUCUUAAUUUUUGCUUCACUACAGCCUGCACUGAUAAUUUUUUUGGAAAAUCACCGUUUACUGUGUAAUCAAAUAGGUCCAUAAGUACAGUUGAAAGUUUCUAGAGUCGAUUUACUUUUCGUUUUUAAACAGAUUGUAUCAGAGGUCGAGUGAGGCAACGGGUAACUGAUUUAGUCGCUUUUGUAUCCCACUAGGUGCUCACAAAGCAUGAUGUUAAUACAUUACGAUAUCACAUUGUGGACACCUUUAACAGCCUCACUAUGAAUGAUCUGUUCACUAUGAAUGAUCCAAUGAAAUGGCCUCCAAUGAAAUGGCCCCCAAUGAAAUGACCUCUAGUGAAACUUUCUCCAAUGAAAUGGCCUAAAUUGAAAUGGCCUCCAAUGAAAUGGCCUUCAGUGAAAUUUCCUACAAUGAACUUUCCUCCAAUGAAAUGUCCUCAAAUGAAAUGGCCUCCAAUGAAAUGGUCUCCAAUGAAAUGGCCUCCAAUGAAAUGUCCUCCAAUGAAAUGGCUUCCAAUGAAAUGGCCUCCAAAUAAAUGGCCUCCAUUAAAAUGGCCUUCAGUGAAAUGUCCUACAAUGAAAUGUCCUCUAAUGAAAUGUCCUCUAAUGAAAUGUCCUCAAAUGAAAUGGCCUCCAAUGAAAUGGCCUCCAAUGAAAUGUCCUCCAAUGAAAUGGCCUCCAAUGAAAUGGCUUCCAAUGAAAUGGCGUCCAAUGAAAUGGCCUCCAAAUAAAUGGCCUCAAUUAAAAUGGCCUUCAGUGAAAUGUCCUACAAUGAAAUGUCCUCUAAUGAAAUGUCCUCAAAUGAAAUAGCCUCCAAUAAAAUGGCCUCCAAUGAAAUGUCCUCCAAUGAAAUGGCCUCCAAUGAAAUGGCCUCCAAUGAAAUGGCCUCCGUUGAAAUGGCCUCCAAAUAAAUGGCCUCCAAAGAAAUUGCCUCCAAUGAAAUGGCGUCCAAUGAAAUGGCGUCCAAUGAAAUGGCCUCCAAUGAAAUGGCCUCCAAUGAAAUGGCCUCCAAUGAAAUGGCGUCCAAUGAAAUGGCCUCCAAAGAAAUGGCCUCCAAUGAAAUGGCCUCCAAUGAAAUGGCCUCCACUGAAAUGGCGUCCAAUGAAAUGGCGUCCAAUGAAAUGGCCUCCAAUGAAAUGGCGUCCAAUGAAAUGGCCUCCAAUGAAAUGGCCUCCAAUGAAAUGGCCUCUAAUGAAAUGGCCUCCAAUGAAAUGGCGUCCAAUGAAAUGGCCUCCAAAGAAAUGGCCUCUAAUGAAAUGGCCUCCAAUGAAAUGGCCUCCACUGAAAUGGCGUCCAAUGAAAUGGCGUCCAAUGAAAUGGCCUCCAAUGAAAUGGCGUCCAAUGAAAUGGCCUCCAAUAAAAUGGCCUCCAAUGAAAUGGCGUCCAAUGAAAUAACCUCCAAUGAAAUGGCGUCCAAUGAAAUGGCCUCCAAUGAAAUGGCGUCCAAUGAAAUGGCGUCCAAUGAAAUGGCGUCCAAUGAAAUGGCCUCCAAUGAAAUGGCGUCCAAUGAAAUGGCCUCCAAUGAAAUGGCGUCCAAUGAAAUGGCGUCCAAUGAAAUGGCGUCCACUGAAAUCACCUCCAAUGAAAUGGCCUCCAAUGAACUGGCCUCCAAUGAAAUGGCGUCCAAUGAAAUAGCGUCCAAUGAAAUGGCGUCCAAUGAAAUGGCCUCCAAUGAAAUGGCGUCCAAUGAAAUGGCCUCCAAUGAAAUGGCAUCCAAUGAAAUGGCGUCCAAUGAAAUGGCCUCCAAUGAAAUGGCGUCCAAUGGAAUGGCCUCCAAUGAAAUGGCGUCCAAUGAAAUGGCCUCCAAUGAAAUGGCGUCCAAUGAAAUGGCCUCCAAUGAAAUGGCGUCCAAUGAAAUGGCCUCCAAUGAAAUGGCGUCCAAUGAAAUGGCGUCCAAUGAAAUGGCGUCCAAAUAAAUGGCUUCUAAUGAAAUGGCCUCCAAUGAAAUGGCGUCUAAUGAACUGGCCUCCAAUGAAAUGGCCUCCAAUGAAAUGGCCUCUAAUCAAAUGGCCUGCAAUGAAAUGGCGUCUCAUGAAAUGGCCUCCAAUGAAAUGGCAUCUACUGAAAUGACCUCCAAUGAAAUGGCGUUCAAUGAAAUGGCCUCCAAUUAAAUUUCCUCCAAUGAAAUGGCCUCCAAUGAAAUGGCGUCCAAUGAAAUGGCCUCCAAUGAAAUGGCCUCUAGAGAAAUGCCCUGAGCACCCAUAAAACAAAAGUUGCUUUCGUGACCUGAACGGCCCUAUGAAUAUCAUGUUCUGAUAUUAAUUUGAGUUAAAAUAAUGCAAACAAACUUUGUUUCAGUUAGGGACCUCUGACCUUUUAUAGUCUUUUUUCCCUUUUUAUUUUAUUUCCAACUUUACAUAUAUAUAUAUAUUAUAUAAAUUUAGCUUAUACUAAUAUAUGUUUCUUACAGACCUGUGUAUAAAGAGUAGACAAGGGAUAAACAAAGGCUCCUCAAACACUCAUUAUUUAUUUACGUUGCCGGAUCUUUGGCAAGCAAUAUUACCUGUGGCGGAGAGGAAUUUAUGCUAUUCCCAGCUCAACAAUUUAACAGUCUGUCAAUUUGGACGAAAUGUCAAGAUAACCCCCAGCGGUUGUCUUAAUGGUGUUGAUAAGGUGCCGAAAGGUCAACGUCUUUUAUUUCCAGGGAUAUACAUACAUAUCUUAUGUAAAUUUAACUUGUAUAUAUUUUUUUUGUGUUUUUUUUGUUGAUGUAGGCAUUAGGCGAAACGUUUAUAUGUGUACUUUGUUGAAUCACAAUUGAAGCUUAACACAUACUAUUGUAUUCACACAAACUGCCUGUGUCUCAUUAAUCUAGCCAUGUUAACACCGAUUUGUGUAAAGUCUUAAACAUGUAAAGCCCUUAUAUUUUACGUCAAUGUGCCGCGUGGUUUGUGAAGCGCCCGCUACAUUGCGUCUUCGACAACGUCUUCAAGUAGUUCAAAUAUUACGGCGAUCCGAGACAAACUUAUCGGGAUCAAUAAAUCACUAAAAGGUUUAAAAAGGGGGCUGUGGUUGGGUGUUGUUGGGUCAAUGUGUGUGUGUGUGUGUGGUUGGUGUGUUGUGCCAAUGUAUGUGUGUGUGUGAGGUCGGGUGUUGUUGCGUCAAUGCGUGUGUGUGUUGUCUACUGCAGUAGGAUCAGUGGCGAAUUAAUAGCUUUCGUUUUUUAAGCAAUAUUCCAAUGGCAGGUAAAAGCUGUUUUUGCUAGCCUUGUGUGUUGGCGAGAAUGCUUGGUUGUUUUUUCAUGUUCCAUUCUUGUGAUCCUCAAUUAAUUGUUGAUUGAGUGAGCCCUAAUAACGUUGAUGAAAGUUAGAGCCAUAUUUUGAUUGAAGCCUAUAUUAGCUGAUCAGUGUAAGAGCCAAAUGUUGGUUGAAGCCUCAAUGAGCUAAAAAGUGUCAGAGCCAUGUAUUGGUUGAAGCCCAUAUUAGCUUAUGUAAGUAAAAGCAAUAUGUUGGUUGAAUCCUAUAUUAGCUGAUGCAAUUAAAAGCCUUAUGGUGGUUGAAUCCUGUAUUACCUGAGUGUACGAGCCAUAAGUUGGUUGAAUUCUAUAAUAGAUAAUGAAUGUAAGAGCCAUUUCUUGGUUGUCAGUUCUACAUUAAUAAUAAGAUCUUAAUUUCCUUUUUUUUUUUUUUUUGGAGCAACUUAAUAAUUUCUGUCUCACCUUGGCUCAAAGAGUUUAGUUCAGUCAAGUAUAGAGGGAAAGUAAUUGUCCUAAAUUUAAACCAUUAGCAUUCAAAUCCAUUCAUGAAAACUCAUUUAAGGUGUGUAAACACAGCGAAAGGACAUUUUCGCUUUCAAAACAUUUUAAAACACUUUUUUGCCCCCCCAGGCAAAAACCGGCACGUGACCUCAAAUGACAUAGGCGCCUCCUUCACUGUUGUAGUCACUCGUCCUGAGAGCUCGUCCAAGACGCAAAGAUGUGUCGGUGGGGUUGCCCCGCCUUUAACUCGGUAAGCUCACGAGUCUGUAUUUAGCAGCAUCUCGCCUGGAGGGUGGGAUACUUCUGUCGGGUGUAUACCACUGUCCUUUUCAAACGCGGGUUGUUGUUGUUGUUGUUGUUGUUGUUGUUGAACCCGUAAAGACAUCAAAUGUUAUUGUGUCAAUAUGAUUAGAAGAGCAUCCCUACUCCUCCUCUUUGUUUUACCGACAAACCCACUUCCCCCCUCCAACCCCCCCUCCCCCCCCCAGAAAAAAAAAAGAGUUUAAAAAUUAGAAUGACAAUUAUUUGUGUUAAAGGAGUGUGUUUGGAGAGGUAUAGCUUUAUUUGAAAGCAGUCUUAAAUACCCAUCGAUAAUGUCAACCACCGGUAGCAAUACCUUAUAUUAGUGGGAAAAUAAAAUACACAAUUUUGAUUUAAAAAAAAAAAAAAAAAACUAAUUCUGAUUUCACAGACUUUCAUGUGCAAAUGGUGCAUUAUUUGAAAGCAGUCUUAAAUCCCCAUCGAUAAUGUCAACCACCGGUAGCAAUACCUUAUAUUAGUGGGAAAAUAAAAUACACAAUUUUGAUUUAAAAAAAAAAAAAAAAACUAAUUCUGAUUUCACAGACUUUCAUGUGCAAAUGGUGCGGCACUCGCUACUGCAAGGAGUGCAUGAGGGGAGAGUUUGCUGGGAACAUGAAGGAGUCGGCGAUAUGCGCCAAAUGUCAUCAGGUGAGGUGUUCUUCUGUAUUUCAUUUUCAGAAUCAGGAAUUCAAAAGACCAACACUUUUGGAUAUGGUAAACGUUUGUUUUAUUUUAUAAUUAUUUUUUUUUUUUUUUACUAUUAGGAGUAUAUAAUAAACGGGAAGAACGGAAGCGUACCGAAAGUAAGAUAACAGCGGCCAUAGACUUUGUGUAUUCAAGCGUAGGAAGCUCCUUACUUGUCCUUACCUUAAAACAUGUUUAAAGUAAAAUAAGAUCUUUAGUUGAUGCGGCGAUGGCUCCAACCCCAUCUAACAAGUUGUUUCUAAUACCACAUGGGAAACGUUUUAACACGCUUUGAGAUCAGCGUUUCCCCAAAGUCUGCGGUGGGUCCACGCAAUAUGGAUAUUUAUGAUCAAACGAAAAGAAAGUAUAAUUAAUAAAUCUGACAACGGGCCGGGGCGAAAUGUGUCCGUCAAAUAGAACGUUUGAGAUACGCUGUUUCUGAUUAUAACGUUGUUUGUGAUGUUGUCUAUAUUCCUAAUCUCUAACCACCUUUCUCAAUCCAUAAAGACAAGGGGACGGCCAAUCUAAUGGGAAUACUUGGAUACAUUUCGGGGGAUUUGCGGACACAGAUGUCUUGCAUAAUGGAUCUUGAGCAUCCUUAUCCUCUAACAACAAUGUAAUAUGUUCAGUGAAGUAAGCUAAGUCUCAUAUCAUGGCAUGUCGUCGGCACCUCGGAGUAAAGUACAAAUGGCUACACGUAGCACUAACCCUUGUCUAAAAAUGUAUGUGAAGAAUGAUUGCCUUUACUGUAAACCACGCUCUGCUGUUAUGCUAAGAAACUGAACUUGUAACCGGUACAAUAGCAUUCGACGAAAUAAAAUGUCUUCGUAAUUAUUUUACAAGAAAUACCACUCUUAAGUAUUUAUUAGAUCUUGAUAUUGCCAUGUGUAAAUUUGGGUGAUGGAAGUGUCUGGUAUCUUGGCUCAUUCCCUAACUUUUCAAAGCCCUACUACAUUGUACAAGAAAAAGCAUUAGUUAGGUCUGAGUGGAAGGAAGUUGGGAGGCGGGCCGAAGCCCUACAUGGGCUGUAGCGCCACAGGGAUGGAUGGAUUGAGUGGAAGGAAGUGGUGAGGCGGGCCAAAGCCCUACAUGGGCUGUAGCGCCACAGGGAUAGAUGGAUUGUCUGAGUGGAAGUAGUGAGGCGGGCAAAAGCCCUACAUGGGCUGUAGCGCCACAGGGAUGGAUGGAUUGUCUGAGUGGAAGGAAGUAGUGAGGCGGGCCAAAGCCCUACAUGGGCUGUAGCGCCACAGGGAUGGAUGGAUUGAGUGGAAGGAAGUGGUGAGGUGGGCCAAAGCCCUACAUGGGCUGUAGCGCCACAGGGAUAGAUGGAUUGUCUGAGUGGAAGGAAGUGGUGAGGCGGGCCAAAGCCCUACAUGGGCUGUAGCGCCACAGGGAUGGAUGGAUUGUCUGAGUGGAAGGAAGUGGUGAGGCGGGCCAAAGCCCCACAUGGGCUGUAGCGCCACAGGGAUGGAUGGAUGGAAAAAAUCGUCGCAUAAAGACUAUAAACCCCGCCAUGUGUCAUAAAACUACCUUCAUUUUUUGGUGCUAUUUAAGUUGUUCAUCUUUAAAAGACUUGGAUUAUGUUUAAGGCUUUUUGUAGAUAGCUUCUCGAAAUCCGGUAUAUAAAGAAUAGGCAUGUAAUAAACAAGGGACUGCUAAACUCUGAUUAUCUCUUAACAUUGUCUGAACAUUGUGCAAGCAACAUCACCCGAGGUGAGGAGGACUUGACGUUAUUCCCAGCUCAACAAUUCAACAGUCUGUUCACCUGGACGCAGUGUCAAGAUAACCCGCAGCGGUUGUCUGAAUGGCGUUGACAAGGUGCCGAAAGGUCUACGUUUCUUUAUGUCCAAGUCAAAUAAAGGAAUGCAAACUGGGCAGCUUACAUGCUACACGCAGCGUGGUUUUGUGAGUCGGUUUGGUGGGAGGAGAGUGGAGCGUUCUUCGAGAGCCUUAAAUGGAAUGUCUCGACCCAGCUGACUCGGACUUGCAAGAUAACGUUAGAAACUCGGAAACGAUCCGGAAAGUGUCGAAUGAGGAGUAUUCAUACCUUAAAUUUGGUAGAAGCAGGUGAAAGCUUGUUUGUAAACAUACAAGUCCGUCAGUGUUCAGGGCCAAGGUUGUGCUAAACCGAGUUAGAAAUAAUUCAAACAUUUAUGACGGGUUUUUUUAAAAACUGGAUGGAGUUUGUAUUUAUGACGUCUUUGGCUUGGACGAGAUUGUAAAGAAGUAAUACACAAAAUCUCUCCUGGGAUGGGGUGCUUCCGUUCACAAUCGGCACCCCCCUCCCCAACUCAAUUUGUUUUAUACUAUGUUGUAUAUUAAUAUUACUGAUUAAAAAAAAAAUAAAACAAUCAAGCAGCAAGCAUCAUGCGUGACGGUUGAAGUUAACCCCCGAAAAAAAAAAAGAUUUCAGCAUUUUAUCUGGAUAUUAUCUUAUAUUAACCAAUAAAGAGCCAAGUGUCUGGCGUUGGAAUGCCUGGAGGACUGUUUGCAGGACUAUGGUUUGAUUUCCGGAAGUUUGGGUGUAGGACUGUCUUUAGGACUUGUGUUUAAAGCUCGGCAGGUGAUGUGUUGGACUUUCUAUAGGACAAUUCUGUAGGAUUGUUUGUAGGCCUGUCUGUAGGCCUAUUGUUUAAAGGCCGGAAUACAUUAUAGAUAGUAAAUGAGAAAUUAACUCCUUUUUUGUAACACUUGGAACCCCGGGUAUUUUCUCAAAAUACCCAGAAUCGGAGUAAAAAAAAAAUGCACAUCCGUUAAGUCCUAAUAAACAAAUAUAUUUUUCCUCAUCAAGUUGAUUCUAUUAUUCCGUUCCAUGCUAUUUCUUUUUUUUUUUUUUUUUGGUGCAAUUUGUAUUUUUCAUAGUUGACUGUUAAUAUUGGGAUCAGCAGCGCUUCCCUGUAACCUUUUCAAUGCCCUCAGACUAAGGCCAUGGCUCUUGUGGUCAACGCAUUGGAUUAUAUUUGUGAUUACUUCAAUGCACCCACCAACAUCCCCCAAGUACCAAAAUAAACAAUUUUUUUUGGGGGGGGGGGAAAGUAUUAUGAAAUUUCCUAGAGUUAGUCUUAAAAUCUUUUUUCCUGAAAACUCAACAAGAGCUUUUAAAUACAACAGUCAAAUGUUAUUUACCUAUGGAUUAUUUAGCAAGAAUAUAGGUUUAUUUAUGCCUCAUAUAGCAUCUAUAUAUACUUAAGUGUCAUUGGGGAAAAUGCCAAAAAGCAAAUUGUAUACCUUUAAGUUAUUGCAAUUAUAAUGCAAGAGAUUAUCCAACUGUUGAAGUUUUAAAUUUCUUAAUUUUGGUUUUUCCCAGAAACGAUGCCAGGGUCAAAAGGUUGAAGGUGUUUUGAAAGAGUACAUGAAGAACGACGAGAAUGGCGGGAAAGGCAAGAAAGGCUUGAAAUCCGCCAGCAGCAGCAGAGGCAAAAGCCCAAGCCAAAAGGGCAAGAAAUCUGGAGGCGGGAAGAAAUCAGGCAAGUCCAAAGGCAAAACGAAAUCUGGCAAGAAAGGUGGAAAGAAGAAAAAGAAGAAAUAACUUCGCCACUGGAAGAGGACAGUUUCAUGGUUGGCACCAAUGCAUGUAAUGUGUAGUUCAUAGUACAAUUUCUCAGCACAAAAAAUUUUCCAUAGGCCGUUUCCCGUGGCAUAAUAUAAAAAAACAAAAACAUCUUCGAUAGAGUUAUCGGCGCUUUUAUAAUACGGUCGUCUGAGGAAACUGCUAUGAAAGGAUUGAAUGUAAGACUGUUAUAGUUUCAUGUAAAAUGCAUAACAAGUAAUAAUCACGAGCCAUCUCGCCUUCACCAUUAGGUGUCACGAGAUUAUUCUUUGUGGUUUCAAAGACGAUAAUUGAUUUAUAGAGUAAAAUUAACCAAAUGGAUGUGAUAGAGUACAGCAUAGAAGAGUUUAAAACUGAUAAAUUUUCCGAAUUAAACAGAAAUGUCAAAUUAGUUUUGAUAAAAAGCGAAACAAACACAUUUGGUUUUAAAUAGAUGGAUCUCAUGAUUUGAGCCAUAAAAAGGAGAGUUACACUGUAACCGCCAUAUUCCAAAGAGAAUGAUUAUUUUUUAAGCUGAGCUGUCUAGCGUAUACUUUUCUUAGCAUGAAAAACCUAAUCUUAUGACGAUGUGAUUUUUUAAUAAAUUAUGUUUUUUAAUCAAGGGCACGUUGUUAAAAAAUGUAUCUACAUUAUAUUUACUAGUAAACAUGCCAGAACAAUAUAUUUUGCUUACCAUUAUUUUAUACAGUUCGUUUUAGACUGAUAUGAAAUAAAUAUUCAUGUGAUGAAUAAAUCAUUUAUACUUUUCUGUGAAUUCCUUUUGGAUGUAUUCUAUACACAUUGUUUAACUUCAAAAUAUUUAAAAUCAAAGAUUUAUCCUAUUUGUAGAUUUAUAUCAAAGGAUCAUUUCAUGUGUAUAUUUGUAGCAUUUUAUUAAAAAAUCAGCUGAAC